UCGUCCCGGUGAGUGACUCCUGGUUCCCAGUCCAAGAUGGCUGCAUCCAUGGCACGGUUCUUGCGGCCUUUACUGGCUCGCCAGGGCCUCCGGUCCAAAGGACGCUGCGUGUGCAACCAGAACCCAAGGAGAAGCUUCGCUACAGAGAAACGAGUUCGGAACCUCCUGUAUGAACACGCACGUGAGGGCUACAGCCAGCUUCCUCACUUGGACAUGGAGUCGCUGUGCGCAUGCCCAGAAGCAACCGCGCGCGCCCUGGAGCUCCGCAAGGGGGAGCUGCGGCCGGCAGACCUGCCUGCGAUUAUCUCCACGUGGCAGGAGUUAAGGCAGCUGCGGGAGCAGAUCCAGAGCCUGGAGGCAGAGAAGGAGGCUGUGGCGAAGGCAGUGCGAGCCCUGCUGGCAAACCAAGACAAUGAGCAAGUGCAGAAGAACCCUCAAUAUCAGGGCCUCCGGGCCCGUGGCCGGGAAAUCCGGAAGCAGCUCACACCACUGUACCCCAGAGAGACCCAGCUGGAGGAGCAGUUCUAUCUGCAGGCACUGAGGCUGCCCAACCAGACCCACCCAGACACGCCUGUUGGGGACGAGAGCCAGGCCAGAGUGCUCCGUGUGGUGGGAGACAAGCCAGUUUUCUCCUUCCGACCCCGAGGCCACCUGGAAAUUGGCGAGAAACUCGACAUUAUCCGGCAGAAGCGCCUGUCUCACGUGUCUGGCCACCGGUCCUAUUACCUGCGCGGAGCUGGGGCCCUCUUACAGUAUGGCCUGGUCAACUUUACCCUCAGCAAGCUUAUCAGCAGGGGCUUCACCCCCAUGACGGUUCCAGACCUUCUGCGAGGAGCUGUGUUUGAAGGCUGUGGAAUGACACCAAAUGCCAACCCAUCCCAAAUUUACAAUAUUGACCCCUCCCGCUUCGAAGAUCUCAACUUGGCCGGGACAGCAGAGGUGGGGCUGGCAGGGUACUUCAUGGACCACUCUGUAGCUUUCAGGGACCUGCCAGUCAGGAUGGUCUGUGCUAGUACCUGCUACCGAGCGGAGACAGACACCGGGAAGGAGCCUUGGGGGCUAUACCGAGUUCAUCACUUCACUAAAGUGGAGAUGUUUGGGGUGACAGCCCCUGGGCUAGAGCAGAGCUCACAGCUGCUGGAUGAGUUCCUGUCCCUGCAGGUGGAGAUCUUGACUGAGCUGGGCUUGCAUUUCCGAGUGCUGGACAUGCCCACCCAGGAACUGGGUCUCCCUGCUUACCGCAAGUUCGACAUUGAGGCCUGGAUGCCUGGCCGAGGCCGAUAUGGAGAGGUCACCAGUGCCUCCAACUGCACAGACUUCCAGAGCCGCCGUCUGUAUAUCAUGUUUGAGACGGAGACUGGGGAGCUGCAGUUUGCACACACGGUGAAUGCCACAGCUUGUGCUGUUCCCCGAGUCCUCAUUGCCCUCCUGGAGAGCAAUCAGCAAAAGGAUGGUUCCGUCCUCGUGCCUGCUGUCCUCCAGCCCUACCUAGGCACUGACCGGAUCACAGCCCCCACCCAUGUGCCUCUCCAGUACAUCGGCCCCAACCAACCCCAGAAGCCCAGGCUCCCCGGCCAGCCUGCUGCCAGCUGACAACUGUCUGCCCUGGAAGUUGGCACUCUAGAGGCCCCAGACACUUAGAACCUCUACCCUCCCCUCCUGAACUCCUGGGUGUACCUCUGUUCCUUCCCUGCCACUGAAUUAUUGUCAGUGACCCCUACUGUCACUGGGCUGUCAGCCAGAGGCAUGUCUCAGCCGUGGUAGGACAAAGGAGAUCUGGAGAGAGCCAUAGCAUGCCAUCCCGUCUUCCUCCUUCCUGCCUUGGUGCCGAGCAGGGGACCCACAAUAAAUGGUCACAGAUCAAAGUCUUCUGGAUCUGUGAGCGAGAGAGGUGCUAGGUGACUGCUUCCAUGCCACGUCAUUCAAGUGCCCGUGGCUGCCUGCAAGGCUCAAGCUGGGUGACUUGAGGAUCCCCAGGGGACCCGAAAGGAAGCCAAGGCCUCCCUUCCUCUGGGACGAAAAAGCAGUCAUUCUUAGCUGGCUCCCUCAAACUGAGCCAGCUUUAUCCUUAUCCUUUGGCCAAUGGUCCCCAACUGCUGUAUUGUCCAGAGUGUCACCUCCUUCGCACACACCUCGCCCCUCCACAGGCACUCCAGGCCCCUUUCCUGCACGGCCAGCUCCUCUGCUGGUGGAUUUCGCUCAGCACCUUGAGCAGCUCCAGCCACCCUUUGGACUGUCCUUGGCGUUUUUUCCACCCCCAGUGGGUUAUCAAACCUGUGGCUUCACCUUCAGAAUGUUCCAGGACUGUGCUGUUUGCCCUCUCCUUCCUUCUUCCUAGACCCUAUUCUUCAACUGGCCACUUUGUCUCCCACCUGGAUAGUUACGAAAAACUCCUUGUCUCUGCUCCCUGCAAGCAUGGAGUUUGGGCGUGACCGUCCGCUGCCCAGAGUCCUGUGGCUCUGUCAGAGUAAAAGGCAACAGUGCCACGACGUC